AUGACAAUCCACCACACCGUCUUCUGGAAAUUCAACGGCCAGCAACCCGCCAAUUUCGUGGACCAGCUGAGGGAGAAGGCAAAGGGGAUGGUUGGCGUGAUCCCGGGCUUGACGAAGGUCGAGGUUGGGCCGCCUAUGCCGUUGACCAAGGCGCGCAGUCAAGGCUGGGAAGCGAUGCUCUACGCCGAGCUCGAGUCGGAGGAGGCGCUGAAGGCGUAUGCACCGCACCCUGCGCACGAGGAGUUUAAGAAGUUGCCGGAGCCUUACAAGACUGACAUCAUGGCGUUCGAUAUCGAGGCGUAG